CCUGCCCCCUAAACCCCUAAACCCCUUCUCCAUUCACUUUGCCUUUGGGCAAUUUCCUCCAGAACCUGGGUGGGGGAGGGUGGGGUUCCGGUGUUGAAAUGGCAUCCUGGACAGACAUAAACACCCCACCCACUUUGCCCACUGGCCAAGGGCCUGUGCCUACACCAGCUCCCAGCUCUGGGGAUAGCACUGUAACAAAGAGGUGGGGGCAAGGGCUAGGGUAGAUCCAGCUUUAAAAGGAUAAUUUGUAAUUCUUGCUAAUUUGGGGUAAGUCAAAGAGUGAAUUCCAUAUUAGAUAGCUGUGAUAGGCCAUCUUUGUGAUGAUCUAAGGUCAUGUAAUUUGAAGUCAUCCAGUCCUAUCCUCUGUCCUUUCAGAAGUUUCUCCCACCCCCUAGCCUGCCUGCCUUUACUUAUAUGGCAGGGGUAGGGUGCUGGGUCUGGCUCUAAGACAUUGGGAGGCCCCUGCAAAAUCUACUUGGAAUCUCUUGCCAAAGGCAGAGAGAACAGAUGCAGGGAGAUGGGUGUUGGGAAUAGGGAGGUAGGAUGAGGAGAGGGGCAGAUAAAGAGGAAGAUGAAGGCAGGGGUGAGGGUUUGUUGAGAAUGUUAAGCUGCCCACGCAGAAAGGGACCUCCGAGUUCAAUUUAUCCAACUCCCUGGUUUUAUAAAUGAGGAAACAGAAGCUCAGAGAAGUGCGAUGGCCUUGCCCAACCUCACACUGCUGCUUUGUGGCUGACCAGCAGCUAGAGCCCACAUCAAAGAAAGCGGGGGGGGGGGGGUGUGUGAAGGGGAGUGUGUAUGUACGGCUCUAAAGGAUAUUCCCCAGAAGAGGAGAAAAGAGAUUCCACAGAACUGACUGGCCAAUAUAGGAUGUAGACCACCAAUAGAGGACUGGAGUAUGGACACACAAGAGUGGGAUGGGAAGGGGUCUGAGAGGCCAGUAUGGGCUAGCAGAGUUAGCUAGUAUGUUCCAGACCUGAGCCUGUUAUUUCCCAGGUUGGGUGUCACUCUCUGAAUGGACAUUAUAGGAUCUUGUUGAAAAUCAAUCUCAUAAACUAGUAACGAUGGUGAAAACAUCAGCGCAGUUCUUGGUAGUUCUUAAUAGGUCUCUGCUAUGAUUGUCCCUUUAGGAACCCUGGAAGCCUGGCUGUGUGGGUUGGGGUAUGGCUGAGAUGACCCUGCAGGGACAUAGGACAGAGAGGUCCAGUGUCCCCAGAGACCAUUCCUCCUCUGCUGCCUCCAGCUGAUAAACCUCUUAUCUGGCACGAGCAGGGGAGCCCAGAGCCAGGAUAGGAGGAGAAGGCAGGGCUGCUAUCAGCCACCAGGCCUGGGCCAUAUCUCGGAGAAGGGGAGGGGCUGUCUGCUUGGCUCUUCCCACAACACACUCCUUGGGGAUCCCCAAGCACUUACUCUCAUCUUGAGAACAUGAGACAGAGGAGGAAAACUGAGGACAGAGGAGGAAAGCCAGAGUGAUCCCUGAUGUUGCCCCAGAACAAGGGAAAAAAACCAAACCAAAACAAACCAGAAGAUGUGACUUCUGCCCUGCCCAGCGAUACGGUUUUGGGGGAGUAAGAAGUAGGAGGAAGAGAAGGAGGCGUCUUGUCUGAAAAAGAAGGUGAAGCCCUACUGUGCUCCCAAAGGAACCGACUACAGCCACAGCAGGUUGCAGGGGCCUUUUGGGCUUUGGGGACCCUGGACCAGGCCCUGGCCCAGUAGGAUGCCCCCGUGUCCUCCCCAGCAGAGCAGGAACAGGGUGACACAGUUGCCCACUCUGGAGCUGGGCGAGAUGGAACUGACCUGGCAAGAGAUCAUGUCCAUCACUGAGCUGCAGGGACUAAAUGCUCCAAGUGAGACGUCGUUUGAGCCCCCUGCCCAGGCCCCAUACCCUGGACCCCCACCGCCCCCAACUUACUGCCCCUGCUCAAUCCACCCAGAAGCUGGCUUCUCCCUUCCUCCACCACCCUAUGAGCUCCCAGCACCCACAUCUCAUGUCCCAGACCCCUCAUACUCCUAUGGCAACAUGGCCAUACCAGUCUCCAAGCCACUGACUCUCUCCGGUCUGCUCAGUGAGCCCCUCUCAGAUCCUUUGGCUCUCCUGGACAUUGGGCUGCCAGGGGGGCCCCCCAAGCCUCAAGAAGACCCAGAAUCUGACUCAGGAUUAUCCCUCAACUAUAGCGAUGCUGAAUCUCUUGAGCUGGAGGGGACAGAGGCUGGCCGACGGCGCGGCGAGUAUGUAGAGAUGUACCCGGUGGAGUACCCCUACUCACUUAUGCCCAAUUCCUUAGCCCACCCCAACUAUGCCUUGCCACCUGCAGAGACCCCCUUAGCCUUAGAACCCUCCUCAGGCCCUGUGCGGGCCAAGUCCACUGCACGGGGGGAGGCGGGGAGUCGGGAUGAGCGACGGGCCCUGGCCAUGAAGAUUCCCUUCCCGACGGACAAGAUUGUCAACUUGCCGGUAGAUGACUUUAAUGAGCUGUUGGCGCGGUACCCACUGACGGAGAGCCAGCUGGCAUUGGUCCGGGACAUCCGACGGCGGGGUAAGAACAAGGUGGCCGCCCAGAACUGUCGCAAGAGAAAGUUGGAGACCAUCGUGCAGUUGGAGCGGGAACUGGAGAGGCUGGGCAGCGAGCGGGAGCGGCUCCUCCGGGCCAGAGGGGAGGCCGACCGGACCCUGGAGGUCAUGCGCCAACAGCUGACAGAGCUGUACUGUGACAUUUUCCAGCACCUGCGGGAUGAAGCCGGCAACAGCUACUCCCCUGAAGAGUAUGCUUUGCAACAGGCCGCUGAUGGGGCCAUCUUCCUGGUGCCCCGGGGGACCAAGAUGGAGGCCACAGACUGAGCUGGCCGAAGGGGUGGGACUGUGAUGGAGAUUUCCUUUAGUCCCUUCCGAUCAAGGUACUCCCCAACCCUGAGGCCCAGAAGGAACUGGGUUCUCUAGACCAGAAGGGGACAGGGGGAAACCUGGCGUUUGGAGGGUCCACAGCGUGUCCAGGAAGGCUUGCCUUGAGACAAGCACGUGAGGGGAGGGUUGGAAUCUCUUUGCCGUGAUUCAGCUUCCCGGGGCUCCAACCUCCUCCUCUUGUUUGAGCUUUGAUAUAUAAAGCGCUCUACACUAA